CCUUGAUUGCUCUUUUUCUUUGAAUAUCGAUUGUAAGUUGGUUCUGUUGUAUAGUUUGACGUGGAAACAUUAUUGAUUCCACACAUCGGGCAUAUCAAACUGUUUAGAGGGUUACUGGUUCUUAGAUAGAGGUGGGAAGAAAGAUUUAAAAUGGCAGGAAAAGUAAUAAUUUGUUUACUCAGGAAUGAUCUAAGAAUUCAUGACAACGAAGCAUUAUUGUGGGCCUUUAAACACGGAAGUCAAGUUUUACCGAUAUAUUGCUUUGAUCCAAGGCAUUUUAAAGGAACAUACCACUUUGGUUUUGCUAAAACUGGUCCCCAUAGGUUAAAGUUUCUAAUUGAAAGUGUGCAAGAUUUAAGAUGUAGAUUGAAAAGUAAAGGAAGUGGGUUGAUUGUGAGAACGGGGAAGCCUGAAGAAGUUAUACCAGAGUUGAUCAAAUCUGUGGGUCCAGAAUUUGUAAGCUCAUUAGUUUAUACACAAGAGGUGACCCAAGAAGAAAUAGAUGUGGAAGCUGCACUGAAUAAAUCUUGUGGUGUCAAAAUCCAGACAUUUUGGAAUUCUACCUUAUUUCAUAAAGAUGACUUAUCAUUUUCAAUCAAGCAAUUACCAGACGUGUUCUCUCAAUUUCGUAAACGAGCAGAGACAGAAUGCUCUGUCAGAUCUGUUAUACCAACUCCAGAAACUUUCAAACCAUUACCUCAAGGCAUUGAAGAAGGCAAUAUUCCUACUUGUGAAGAUUUGGGAGUUGAAAAUGUUCCACAAGACAGUCGAACAGCCUUUCCUUAUAGUGGUGGAGAAACUUCAGGGCUUGAUAGAAUCAAGUAUUAUUUUUGGGAGACUGACAAAGUGGCCAAAUAUAAGGAAACUCGGAAUGGUAUGAUAGGUGCAGACUAUUCCACCAAGUUUGCACCAUGGUUAGCUCAUGGAUGCCUUUCUCCAAGAUUUAUCUACUCGGAAAUUAAACGGUAUGAAAAGGAGAGGAUUUCUAAUCAAUCAACUUAUUGGGUAAUAUUUGAACUGUUAUGGCGAGAUUAUUUCAGAUUUGUGGCAAUGAAAUAUGGAAAUGAAAUAUUUUUCUUGAAUGGUAUAAGGAGAAUGCAUCUACCGUGGAAAAAGGACACAAAUGCAUUCAUUGCAUGGAAGGAAGGUCGAACUGGGGUGCCUUAUGUUGAUGCCAAUAUGAGGGAAUUAGCUGCCACUGGGUUUAUGUCUAAUAGAGGUAGACAAAAUGUUGCAAGUUUCCUCACUAAAGAUUUAAAAUUAGAUUGGAGACUAGGUGCUGAAUGGUUUGAAUCCAUGUUAAUUGACCAUGAUGUGUGUAGUAACUAUGGCAACUGGCAAUAUAGUGCUGGUAUCGGUAAUGAUCCUCGUCAAGACAGGAAGUUCAAUAUGGUAAAACAAGGACUAGACUAUGAUCCCAAUGGAGAUUAUAUCAGACUGUGGAUUCCAGAGUUGAAUCAAGUUAAAGGAGGGGACGUGCACACAGUCUGGGCCUUAAAUUCUACAGUAUUGUCUCGUGCCAAUGUAGUCUUAGCUCAAACCUACCCAAAACCUCUAGUCAUAGCCCCAGAAUGGGGACGUCACAUGGGUAAAGUUGGCGGAGCAACCAGAGGGGGUGGUAGAGGUUGUGGAGGUCAGCAGCAACCAACUAAACGUGGGAUGGAUUUCUAUUUUAAAAACACUCAGCCACGACAAUGAUCACUAUUUGACAAUAUAGUCCUUAAUGGUAUAGACCUAACCCUAGCAACAUAAACCCAAAUAUGGCCAGUAAAGCACCCGUUAACAAGUGACAUCACAUAAUAUGAACAUCAUAUGCUUUAUGAGUGUUCAAAGUGUUAACUCUUUUGACAGUUUAAUGAUGUUGAAUGCCUUUAGCAAGAUGUGCAAUGCUGAGUCUUGUUUCUUGAAAAAGCAUAAUACGAUCAAUUUUUGUCAUAUGGUAUUUCUCAGUGUAAAAUUACAGUUACAACAAUUUUUCACUGUAGGAUUUUUUUUAAGAAACAGGUGCUAUAUUCUCAGUCUUACUUCAAUAUGUGAUAUUAUUGAACUUACUUAUAUGUUUUAAAUACCUCAUAAUAAACGAUAUUAUUUAUC